AUGGCCCCGCUGCUCCUGGGGCUCCUGGUGCUCUUGGGAAUCUGGGUUCUGCUCCGUGGCUGUGCCCGCACCGCAGCCCCGCGCUGGCCCCCAGGACCGCGCCCGCUGCCGCUCAUCGGGAACCUGCACCUGCUGUGGGCUGCCCGGCAGGAGCAGGCGCUGAUGGAGCUCUCAGAACAGUAUGGGCCGGUGUUCACUGUCCACUUGGGAAGCCAGAAGACAGUGGUGCUGAGUGGCUACGAGGCGGUGAGGGAGGCCCUGGUGGGCACAGGGCAGGAGCUGGCCGACCGGCCCCCCAUUGCCAUCUUCCAGCUCAUCCAGGGCGGCAGGGGCGUCUUCUUCUCCUCCGGGGAGCCCUGGAAGGUGGCCCGCCAGCUCACUGUGCGCACCCUGCACACCCUGGGGGUGGGGAGGGGGCCCAUGGCCGGCAAGAUCCUGCAGGAGCUGAACUGCCUCCUGGGGCAGCUGGACCAGUACGGAGGCCGGCCCUUCCCCCUGGCCCUGCUCGGCUGGGCUCCGUCCAACAUCACCUUCACGCUCCUCUUCGGCCAGCGGUUCGACUACCAGGACCCCGUGUUUCUGUCCCUGCUGGGCCUCAUCGACGAGGUCAUGGUCCUCCUGGGGACCCCCGGGCUGCAGCUAUUCAACAUGUACCCCUGGCUUGGGGCCCUCCUCCAGCUUCACCGGCCAGUCCUGAGGAAGAUUGAGGAGGUGCGUGCCAUCCUAAGGGACCUUCUGGCCGUGCGCCGGGGGGCCUCGCCCAGGGGAGGCCCCGUGCGCAGCUACGUGGAUGCCCUGAUCCAGCAAGGCCAGGGGAGAGACCCCAACGGCUUGUUUGCCGAGGACAACGUGGUGGCCUGUGUCCUGGACAUGGUCAUGGCUGGCACGGAGACCACCUCCGCCACGCUGCAGUGGGCUGCCCUCCUGAUGGGCAAGCACCCGAGUGUGCAGGGCCGAGUGCAGGAGGAGCUGGACCGUGUCCUGGGGCCCAGGCGGCCGCCCCGGCCGGAGGACCAGCGCUCACUACCCUACACCAAUGCCGCCCUACACGAGGUGCAGCGGUUCAUCACCCUCCUGCCCCACGUGCCCCGCUGCACAGCGGCCGACACCUGGCUGCGUGGCUACCUGCUCCCCAAGGGCACCCCCGUGGUCCCCCUGCUGAACUCCGUGCUCCUGGACAAGACGCAGUGGGAGACCCCCCGCCAGUUCAACCCGGGACACUUCCUGGACGCCCGUGGGCACUUUGUGAAGCGUGAGGCCUUCCUGCCUUUCUCUGCAGGCCGCCGUGUCUGCGUGGGGGAGGGCCUGGCCCGGACCGGGCUGUUCCUGCUCUUUGCCGGCCUCCUGCGGGGCUUCCGCCUGCUGCCCCCACCUGGCCUCCGCCCUGAGGACCUGGACACCGUGCCCGCCCCAGCCUUCACCAUGCGGCCGCCUGCCCAGGCCCUGUGCGCAGUGCCCAGGCUCCAGGGACACUGACUGAGGGGUCUGCCCUGUGCUUUGGACAGACUCCCAGGGCCUGGGGUGGGUGUGGGUCGAGGUCCCUCCCUGGGCCCCUCCUCUUACCACAGGCCCCAUGCAGAGCUUUGCCCAAGGGCCCUCGCAGCUGCAGCCUGUGUGGCUCCGGCUGAGCCUGCCCCAGGGCUCAUGGGGGCAGCCCACCUUCCAGGACCCUGCAUCUCAGUCCUCAAUCCCCUCCCCCCUCUCCCAGGACAGCUAGGCCCCGACCUCUGUUCAUCUGUCCCUUCCCCCCCAGGCCCUUGUCUGCAGCAGGACCACACCCCCACCACAGCCUCUGCUGGGCCCCCCACAGCCCAUUGGUGCCCCCUCUCCUUCAAGUCUGUCUGGCUGGUGAAACCCUUGCCUCCACCGCCCCAGGCCCCACUGGGCCCCAUUCCGUGGCCUCUCCCCUCAUCUCCUCCAUGGAGAAGUAGGCCAGUGAGGCGCUGGGGGUCCCACAUGGGAAUAGCCAGGCCCCCACUCUCAAGUGGG